GCACUGAAUCUUUUCGCUUCGCUCCACACACAAUCUUUAUCGGCCAUCAUCACCUUACCGAGCCCAGCAGUUCAGGUCUUGACCGGCAUUCCGUCUAAACACCCAUCAAUCAACUCAAGAUGUCUUUCCAGAAGCCCGAGAAGGAGUUCGGCGAGGGCCCUAAGGUCCACAAGAUCCGCAUCACCCUCACCUCCCGCAAGGUCGCCUCCCUCGAGAAGGUCUGCCAGGAGCUGAUCGACCGUGCUCGCUCCAAGUCCCUGCAGGUCAAGGGCCCCGUCCGUCUGCCCACCAAGACCCUGAACAUCUCCACCCGUAAGACCCCCAACGGUGAGGGUUCCAAGACCUGGGACAAGUUCGAGAUGCGCAUCCACAAGCGUCUCAUCGACCUCCUCGCCCCCACCGAGACCGUCAAGCAGAUCAUCAUCAACAUCGAGGCCGGUGUUGAGGUUGAGGUCACCAUUGCUGCUUAAAUGCACUAGUUCCGCAAUGGAAUCAGGGAGGGUCUCGGGAUCGAUUGUCUAUAGUGCCGAGCGAAUUGCUGGCUCUCGAAAACUGUUGGUCGUUUACUACGAGCCUAUGUUGGAGCAUUGUGGUAGAUACCCGCUACAACCUGAAAGACAAAAAAAUGGAAACAUCUUGAGAAAAUAAU